CGUGCUUGAGUCCCCCCUGGAAAGCGAUAGUUGAGUCCGCCUUUUUAAGAGACUGAGAGCAGCUGACUGAGGGAUUUGUUUUGCUCUGUCCCUGAGUGUCCCUGCGAGUUAUAUCUGCCAUGUGAAGAGCUAUGCCAGCCCCGCCUGUGGAUAGAUAAGCAGCCUUCCACUCCACCUUCUAUGUUCAGCCUCAGCAGGGGAGCUCAAGCAGGAGGUGACCGCCGGCAGGAUGUUUGGCCUGGGGAACUUUGACUACCCCAAGUACCGGUCUGAGUGCAGCUCCAUCGCCUCCUUCUCCUCAGACAAUGGCUCCAAGAAGAGACGUGGAUCCUUUCUGGACAGCAACGAUGAUGAAGGUGAGUCCAUCAAGAUCCCGCGCACGUCGGGUGAGUGGAGCAAGAGGCAGAACCACAGUGAGAUUGAGAAGCGGCGGCGGGACAAGAUGAACACUUACAUCAUGGAGCUCAGCAGCAUCAUCCCCGUGUGCACCUCUCGCAAGCUGGACAAGCUGACGGUGCUGCGGAUGGCAGUGCAGCACAUGAAGAUGCUGCGCGGCUCUCUCAACUCAUACACCGAGGGACACUACAAGCCGGCCUUCCUCUCUGAUGACGAGCUCAAGAAUCUGAUCCUACAGCCUCUUCAGGCCGCCGAUGGGUUCCUCUUUGUGGUGGGGUGUGACCGCGGCAGGAUCCUUUAUGUGUCCGAGUCUGUCUACCAGACACUCCACUACACCCAGGGUGAGCUGCUGGGGACGAGCUGGUUUGACAUCCUACACCCCAAAGAUCUGACCAAAGUGAAGGAGCAGCUGUCCUGCUCAGACAUCAGCCGCAGGGAGAGGCUCGUUGAUGCCAAGACACUGCUGCCGGUGAAGACAGAUGUGCCACAGGGUCUCACCAAGCUGUGCCCCGGCUCACGGCGGGCGUUCUUCUGCCGCAUGAGGUGCAAGUCAGCGCCAGUGCUGAAGGAGGAGGCAGACUCCUCCACAGGCUGCCCUAAGAAGAAGUCCAAGUCACAGAGCUCAGAUAAGAAGUACAGUGUGAUCCACUUUACUGGCUACCUCAAGUCCUGGGCGCCCACCAAGGACCCACUGGAGGAGGACUCAGGCAGCGACUCAGAAUCCUGUAACCUGUCCUGCCUGGUGGCGGUGGGCAGGGUGCACCAGCCGCUCCUGGCCUCAGGGGCACAGGAGGCUGCAAGGUUUGGCCGCACCGUCCCGCCACAGUCCAUUGACUUCAUUUCCAAGCACACCAGUGAUGGCAAGUUUGUCUUCAUUGACCAGAGGGCCUCACUGCUGCUGGGCUGGCUGCCUCAGGAGCUCCUAGGUUCCAGCAUGUAUGAGUACUUCCACCAGGAUGACAUUCCCUUCCUCGCUGAGACUCACCGCUCCACCCUGCAGUCCUCCGAGAGCUGCAACACACAGGUCUACAGGUUCCGCACUAAGGAGGGGUCCUUCGUGCGGCUGCAGAGUGUGUGGUGGACCUUCAAGAACCCCUGGACCAAGGACAUUGAGUACAUCAUCUCCAAGAACAGUGUCGUCACGUCUGAGGCGGGGCUGGUUGAGAGCUCGAUGGCCAGCGAGGCAGUGUCACAGUCCUUCAACAGCUUCAAUGAGUUCCUGAGUUCACCUGCUACCAAUGACGUUCCAGACACACCACCACCAGGCAGUGCAGGUUCCUCCAACACCAACAACAGACUCAUUGGGAGCGGUAUGCAUGCUGGGAAGAUCGGCCGGCAGAUAGCGGAUGAGGUUUUAGACAGCCAACGAAGGAAUGACUCAGCCUCCAACAGUCCCGUGUCGCCCUUCGAAGGCAUCCUGGGCUCUGGGGCAUCUGACCGCUCCUUUGCUGCCCUCCUGCGCUCCGACAUGACAGCACAUAGGAGUAAUGUGAAGAACAACGUCCUCCUGAGCAGCAACACCAGCAGCUGUUCCGGCAGUGACACCAGCAGAGGGCCACAGCUCAACAACACCACCACCACCACCACCACUACCAACAACAACCACCACCACAACCACAACAACCACCACACCAACAACACCAUGCCCACCUCAGACCGCACCACCAACUUCAACCACAACAACAACCACAGACAGCUUGUGUCCAACGAGGGUGACCUGAUGGAUGUGGUGAGUGGGCGUGACAUGGAGACAGACGGAACGAGCGACUCUGAUGAGGCAGCCAUGGCGGUCAUCAUGAGUCUCCUGGAGGCCGAUGCAGGUCUGGGGGGGCCGGUGGACUUCUCCCACCUGCCCUGGCCCUUACCGUGAAGGACGCUGCCUACACCCACCUCGUCCUUCCCAUUAAGUAAGGUGUUUGUUGUGUCUGUGUCCUCCCAGUGUCACUUUCCUCCCUCUUCCGCAACACAGAGGCACUGCUGGUUGCGGGGCCAUGUGGUGGUCGGUGUGUGCUCUGUGGUGCUGUGUUGCAUGGUACGGGUCUGUGGCUCUGUGGGGACGUCACCCAUUGAGGACUUUCAGUAGUGGAGUACAAAUUUCCAAUCAUGUAAGGGAUUUUCUGAUCCUUAUCUAGUACUGCAAUGCCAUCCAGUGAAUAGCUGUCUACUACUUUGUAAGACCACUUUAAAGAUUGUAUCACUUUUCUUAUAAUAGGGAAAAAAAAACUAAAUAUACUUAUAUAUCUAUCUAUAUUAUUAUGUAUCUAGGAAAUUUUGCAGAGUUUGUAACUUUUAGCCUCUCUUUGACACCUUAGAUUUGUAUUGUUGUCAUUCUUCCACUUUCCUUCACCCACCGCCAGGCCGGGACGUAAUACAAUAACCUGGCAGCCCAGACUGCUUCGUGUGGAGGUGUGGCCUGUGGGAAUGAUUGUAUUGCUGAAACAUUGUGUGUGUGUGUGUUUGUGUGUUUGUGCAUGUGUGUGUGUGUGUGUGUGUGUGUGUGUGUGUGUGUGUGUGUGUGUGUGUGUGUGUGUGUAUGCCAGGUACUUGCUCAGUGUGAAAGCCUCAUAGCAGGAUAAAAUCACUAAAAGAUAUAUAAUAUUCUGAAACUAAGCUAAUUUUGGAGUAUGUGCUCAGUUAAGUAAUACUGAGCUGAAUAUUUUCCAUUUAUACAGUGAUAACCACAAAAAUGCUCACAAUACAGUUGAUUAAGAAAACCGCGCCACCUCUUCCAGCCGACCCUCACGACCCAGGAUGGCAAACAGAAACCAUAGAUGUGGAGAUUACCUCACCGCCUCUGUUGUGUGGUGAGCCCUGGGUUGGUGGGGUGUUGGGGAGUGCUGGUGAGUGUGGCAGGUCUUCAUUCUGACCUCACUCUCCCUGCACCUUGUGUGUGUGUGUGUGUGUGUGUGUGUGUGUGUGUGUGUGUGUGUGUGUGUGUGUGUGUGUGUGUGUGUGUAAGGUGGCUGUUGGUUCUUGUGAUUUCCGGAGCAACAAGGUUUGGUUUCCUGAGAGUUGUAAUACAGAAAUCAUGCACGAGAUUUAUUUUUGUUUGCACAUUGUCACACGUUUGCAUAUGAUGGAGUCGUGUCAUUGUUUUUAUUGAUGUACAUGUAUUUGAUUUUUUUUCAUGCUACUUUGUUCUAUCUAUUGAUGUAUAUUGUUUUUUGUGAUCCUUUAUUUUGUUGAUUUUAUUUGAGUUGAAAUUUUUGUGAUUAGUAAUUUGCACUUUACCAUUUAUUGCUUUCCUUAUGUUUUAUUUUAUGUGUGUGUGUGUGUGUGUGUGUGUGUGUGUGUGUGUGUGUGGGUGGGUGUGGGUGUGGGUGUGGGGCUCUUGUUGGCUGCCACAACUCACAAUAUUGACAGAUUAUAGAGAUAUUUGUCCAUUUCUCUCAUUUUCUUCACAUCUUGACAUAGCACUCACCUCAGUCUCAAUGGCCAGACUACAGGACCUCAUGUCACUGUUCACUGUUCUUGAGGCUGUAACUUCAUGAGAGAAUCUUCCAUAGUGAUCUUUAUUUUUACAAAGAGACAAGGCACGAUGUUGUCUCGUCUCCGCCAUACUCAACUCGCCACAUAGUGUUAUUGUGAUUACCAUUGUUGUUGUUUUCAGUUUUUUGUUACACAGCAGAAAAGUUUAUGACGUUGAUGUAGUUUUGAGCUCCACCUGUGAGGGAGUGAGGGAAUGGACAGGAACUACCUAAUUGUUGACUGGUUAUCAGCAUUAAAGUCUCGACUCUCAGGUCUUUGUUGGCAUUGAUAAAAAGACAAAUUUUGCCAUUAUGAGCUUAUCUGGUAAUUAAUGACUUGGUGUAUUCUUAUUGAUUUAUCACAUAGCAGCUAAAAUAUAUAUCUUUCCAUCUAUCUAUCAAUCAAUCAAUCUAUGUAUCUAUGUAUGUAUGUAUCUAUCUAUCUAUUCAUCAGUAACAUUCAAAUCAUCACAACAGGUGUACUAUAUUUCAGUAACUGGAGCAAUUGUUCCUUCACAUCUUACUGGAUAAAAAAAGAUAUUGGCAUUCUGUAAACAUAUAUUGCCUUAAGCACCAUCAGAAUAACAUAGCGCUCUGUCUAGUCAUUGGUGGUGCUUCUUCCUCCUCCAGUUUACAUUGAAAGUACAUUUUUACUCCUCCAAAACUUUCCCUUUGUGUCUUUCUAUCGUGUUUCAUAUCCAUCCACUGUUUCUUGUGCUCUUUGGCAGCUGUAUCAGGCAAGGCAGUGUUAGAGCAUUUUCAGUGCCACCUACAUUUUUGUCAGUGUUUAUUUUCCACUGUAGACAGCAUGGUGGUUAUCAGUACUUGGCCGGCUGUAGAGAGCUGGUGUUUCUGCUGGUGUGAGGUUAAGGGUCCCAUAAGGCCUAUGUCUCCCUUCCCACACUGCAAGGUUAACUAAGAAGGCUCCUGUCAAGUCCAUAUCCAUCUCCUCUUUGUCAAAUGGCACCCCUUCAACCACCCUGCUGUCCAUGUAUUAGUGGUGUAUUAGAUUAGGGAGUUGAUUUUACACACACACACACACACACACACACACACACACACACACACACAUGAAGAGGGAAGUGUUUGGAUGGCAGAGAGAAAAGUUAGUUGUUGAAGUGAGAAGUACAGGGUGGAAUAUAGUACUAGUUAGCUCCGUGUAUGUAGGCGUGCUGUAUCAGAUGCCUCUAUAUUUCCUUCCUUUGGGAUUUUUACGCUCAUCUCAAUUUGCUCAGAAAUCAUAUUAACCCUUUCACUGCUAUUUGGCACAUCUUUCCUUGAAUUUUCUCUAAGACAUCUAGUUCACGGUCUAUUGGGAAAUGCUUUCUAUUCAUGCACUUCUUUCUAGUAGGUUUUAAUAAAUGCUUCACACUUUGCUCUUGUUACUGUUGCCUAUCACAGUGAAAGGGUUAAGGCAGAAGUCAGUGACCUUACCAAUGCAAAGGUGUCUCGUGGAAAUUACUCGUCUCAGGUCUGACUCGUCAUCUUCCAGUGGUCCACCAGUGACGUCACCCGGUCUGUGCGUGUUGCUCAUCAUUCACUGUCAAUUCAUCAAUAGGAGUGUCAGAUUUUAUGGAUCUUUUCCUUUGUGCGUAUUAUCUCCUUAAAACAAAUUGUCAAAGUAAUUUUUAUUUGUAUUUUGUAUUUCUAUUGCGAUAUGCAGCUUAGUUUACCGAGACAAAUACUAGCAAUUUAGAGGGCAGUUUUUAUUAUUACUAGUCUGUCUAAUUGUUGAGUUGUUUUGCUGGAUGGAAAAGUUAGUUGAUGUGAGAGAUUGUUACGUGUAUGAGUUAAGUGUUGUAUAUGGCGUCCUGUAAUGGCAGAAACAGUGUGUGGAAAAACUAUAAAGAGAGCAAAGUAAUCUAUCAAAAUUAUACCAUUUUUGAGAAUCUUAAAAGUGGUCAGAGUAGCAAACUGAUGAGUCUGUUAACUGAGGUGAAGGAGGAAACAUAGGAACAAACAGGAUCUUGAACGUGUGUGUGUGUGUGUGUGUGUGUGUGUGUGUGUGUGUGUGUGUGUGUGUGUGUGUGUGUGUGUGUGUGUGUGUGUGUGUGUGUGUGUUUAAGUGCAUGUGUAAACUUUGUGAAAGAGACAAGAGCUAUUUGACUGACAUGCUUAAUGCAGAAUAUAUAUUUAUUUGUACAUUAAACAGACAGGUUUUUGUAAUGAUUAUACAGAGUUUUAUCUGUGUGUUUUUGUUAGACAUUACAGUAUGAUGUGGUAUGGUAUGGUAUGGUAUGUAUAUGUGUCCUACUGUAUGUUCAUUAUACACUCCCUCACUUUUCCUUUUCCUUGGUGUUUGGAUUUGUGUUGAUGUGUCGGCGGUCAAGUUUGUGUUUGUGUGUCGCUGCUUGGUGAGGAGACUGACAAGGCUGACACUCAGUACAUGUAGGCCUGCUAUACUGUUAGGCAGUGUUAGUCAUGGAGCAAUGAUUAGGAGGGUGUGCAUGUUUAUGUUAUGUAUGUGUAUAUUACAGUACUAUUAUACUUGAUGUUUGCACACAUGUAUGUCCAUGCAAGUGUGUCUUUGACACAUGCAUACUGAAUACAGUUUAUGAAGAUUAGGCCAAACAUUGGUAGGUUUGAGCAUUAAUGGACUGUUAGAGUUUGUAUUCUGUUCAGAGCAGUUAUAUAAGACACGACCCACCACAGUGCGGUCAGUUGUCUCCACACACCUGGACGCAAGGCUCAUGUUUACACCGGCACAUCUUGCACGUCACAAGAUGGUGUCGGCAGGUCACCAUACUUUGUUCCUCUCUGAUCCUGCUCACUGGGAAGCUGUGACCGGCUGGCUCUGAUGCGGUGGAUGUGGUGAACCAAGGAGAGUUCUGUGGUGCGCUGCAGGCUGGCCUGAUGGGCUGCUUGUGCUGCACGCCUGGCUGGAUGUUGGCAGCGGCAGUGUGCCGUGCUGGCCAGAUGGGAUGAGCAAGGAUGAUGGAUUGAAUAACCACGUAAAAAACCUGACGGCCGCAUCUGUAGUGUGACGGAACCGUGUCCAAACUGUGAGGGCGUGUGAUGUCCUCAAAAAUAAUGUUGACUUUUGACUUCCCAUCCUUAGCAUUUGCCUUUGUCAGUGUUACAAUACAGUACAACUGAAGCCUUUGGUCUUGUACAGGAUCCCUUGGCUGUAGCAGAUUUGCCUCCCACUCCACAGCUGAGUUUGGUCAGGUGACACUGUGAUGCAUUGCUGCUUGCUGUGCUGAGGGAUCUACUAAUCCAGUCAAUUCCAUUCACACCAUAGCCACUUCUAACUUUGAAAUAAUAACUUCUCCACUGUCUGAAGCAUCACUUCAUGUGUAAACACACUAUUGUUUUGUUAUUGUUUGUUCAUUCAGUUUGACUUACAACUCUUACAUUCUUCAUGCUUUCUUUUGUGUAUGGAGUUUUGAAUUAAUUUCCAUCUCGAUCUUCUUUCUCAAAGAUCAUCAUCUAAUGCUUUUAUGACUUUAACUUCUUACUUUUUUCAGUAAGAAACAGUAUUAAAGUGUGACCAAUUUUUCUUUUCCUUUGUGGUGUGAGCACAGUGUCACCUGCAAACCACACUGUAUUGAGCUCCAUUGCACACCAUUACUGCAGCAUUGCUUUCACCCCCCUCACAGCUGCCUCUCCCAUCUGUGACAAAUUGAACAGAUGCAGUGACAUUACAUUACUGAGGCAUCUAGUAACAUGUUUCAAUCAUGUUUAAAUGUAAUUCAUCAUAUAGCAUUUAAGGGCUUGUUUGUGUGUACAUGUAUUCAUGUGUGCAUGAGUGUGUAUGUUUGUGUAUAGGGAAUAGAUAGUACUAGUAAGUCAGUCCUUAAUAGUACAGUGGUAUUACCUCAAACAUUUAGAGCAUCUAAAUCAGGACCUCACAAAUGUGUUUUAUAUAUCUUUACAAAAUACAUAUACGUACAUUUAUGUAUAAAUACUUAUAUAUUUGUAGUGUGGGAAAGUACAAAGGGGAUCUAUCAUAAAUAUGAUAUUUUACUACAUUUGAAGAUAACACAGUGGGUUUUCUGUACCGUGGGCAGGCAGAAAACUGCUCCCAAAAUUGUGUACCUCUCCUUGGACCAUCUGUGGGGAAGGAAAUGUUACAAAAUUAUGAAUAAGACAUCACAGCUUUGGAGUCUGCCUGAAAACUCUAGUCGUGCACCCUGCCAUAUCACUUUAGUUGAUAAUGUUCACUGCUGUAUACAUGUCUGUAUAGGAUGCAUAGAGAGGAGUGUGUUAGUUCAACACAAUUCACUCAUCACAUGAUAGCAUUGCCAUCACAGGAAGGCUGCAUUGAGGCAAAGAGCUGGAGGACGGAGGUGGGCUGAGCAUGCUUGAAGACUUGGCGUGAUGUCUGUGUUCUGAGCUUACAGCAAGUCUUUCAGUGAUCUUAUAAGUCUAGAAUAGGAACUCCUGAGACACUCACACACUGUUCUUCAGCAUUGUUAAGGAAGGUGUCUUGUUAGGGAGUCACAUCACUUGCAUUGUAAUAUGUAUUGAUGUUCUUGUUGAUUCAGAAUUUUAGAUUGUAAAGAUCAUGGAUUAUUUUUCCUGUCAAAUGAAAAGUGAAGACAUGUAAGGAUGCAGAGCCUUACAGAACUAGUUGACUGCAUCUGUUGAGGAUUGUGUCUCUUGAUGUACUAAUUACAUUACUCUGAAAUGUAGCAUUAGGUACUGAAGUACUUUACUGUUCAAGGUCAUUCAGUAAUUCAUAAUAAUGUCCCCUGAGGCUUUAGUGUGUGUCAUGAAGGUGACAAACAGUAUUAGUGUGUUUGAGACUGGCUGUAUGGCAACUGUGUAUUGUGCAGUAUUGGAGGCAGGCCAACAGUUGACAGGGGGGUUUGCAGAGAUGUCUGCAAUGGGCCACUCAUUAUUGUUUCUCUUCUCUCAUUCUGAGAUUUAUUGUCUUUUGUGUGACUCACUGGAGAGCCAAGAGCCGAGAGGCAGCAGGUAGUGGUGGUGGUGGUGGUAGAGGACAUUGGUCUUGUGUGUGUAGUACACAAUUUGUUGUGUUUUUAGUUCUCACUUGUCAGUGUACAUAGUGUGAACUAAUUCAUACAUGCAACACCUUAAAGAUGUGCAUGUCAUGAUGGUCACAGUUUACAGGAAACAAUACAGUGUUGCCUGAGAGGUCUUAGUGUUGUUGGUUGGGGUUUUACUUUUUUCAGUCUGUUUGUGGUCAGUGUGUAGGAAGUGAGGAAGUGUGGCAUGGCCUGUGGACACAGGGAAGCAGGGAAGCAGAGGUGCCGGCUUGUUGAGGAAGGAGUCUGUGUGGGCUCAUGUCUGGAGGUGGACCACUUCUUUCUCUGAAACACAUUGACGUGAAUUACACUGAAAGUGCAAUUUUAUACUAAACAUAUGAUUGGUAUUAUUAUAAACAUGAGUGUGUAACGUUAGCUGCUUGAAUGUACGUCUGUGUAGGAGUCUUAGUAGUGUGUGGUGUGUGAGGAUCAGCCUGUGCUGAGUUCCUGAGGCAGUGAGAGGCAGCCAGACUGUGUUGGGUGAGGAUGGAUGAGCCACACAUGAGACUCGAGGCACCGGCCGUGGUGUGCGGUGCCAGCACGCCUGUUGGCCAGGGAAUGGAGUGUCAGUCAGGUGAACAUGGUAGAUGUAUAACUAUUCUUGUAACAUGAUGAUGUUAUUAUUGUUGAUGAAGGCAAAGCCUCUGUUAGUCAUAUACAUAUUAAAGGCACAGGAUUAAAAAGAGAGAAGCGUAGCACUAUACUGUGCAAUGUGCCCACAUCCUGUGCAUGGUUAAUAGUGUAAGAAUUGAGACUCUUAGAGUACCGUAGGGCUUAUCAGUACUCCUGUGUGAGGAGCAUUUAGGGUUUGUUAAGUUUAAGAUAUUUUAUAAUUUGAAUAUAUUGAUUUUAUUAAAGAGAUAAGCAUAUUUUACUUUUGAGAAAUCUCCAUAGUCAUGUGUCUUGUAAACCUGCAGACAACAAAAUAAUAGCAGCCAUGUGCAUGCUUACACACACACACACACACACACACACACACACACACACACACACACACACACACACACACACACACACACACACACACACACACACACACACACACACACACACACACACACACACCUGUGUGACUAUUUUUCAACAAUCAUGCCAUGUGCCUCCCUUCUUGUCACAGAGUCCUUUUCCACACUGACAGAUCUACACCUGACUCAUCCUAUCACCCACACCUGCUUUGCUCCUCUAACCAACACCUGACUCUGUCCUUCCCACACCUGGAAGUGAGUGCCACUUGCUGGCUACACACUUACACUAAGGUAGCUGCUCUCUAGUGGAAGGCAGUCCAAGUGUCUGAACACACAGAAUUCACUCAGCUUUAAUUCAGUGUGGGAAAAACUUGUGAGUCAUUGGUGAGUCAAGUGCCAUAACCUUUCCUUAGUAAAGUAAGGUUUUCUUCGCACUCUUGUAAAGAGUUACUGUCUUUAUACAGAGAACUUUGCAUCAUUCCAUGAACUAACACUGUUGCAGCAGGGACAACUCAGACAGUCAGAAUAACCUUCAAACACUCUUUAUUCUCCCCAUUUCUCGCCUUCUUGAAUCACUGUACUUUUAUCCAUAUACUAUUGUAUGUUGAUUUCUGUCGUGAAGUUUUCCUUGUUGAGCGAUUAGUAUGCUAUAAUUGUGUUUUGCUCUGACAAUCUUGAAUUAUUAUACUGUGUACUUUAAUGUUUGUGUUUUGAAUGCGUUUCCCAUCUCACAACUUUCUUCUAAAGUGAUGUGUUGUGUUCUUACAACAAUAUAAGCCAGUUAGAGCAGUGUUGCUGCUGCCUCAGAGCCGGCACCUCUCCAUGCAUUGAGACCAGACUGGCAUGCACUGGAGGGCCAGGAAGAGGUGAGAGGUGCAGGCUCAGCAGUGACUGGGACAUCAGGGAAGUGCCUGGGAAAUGCAGGGAAUUCAUCAGUUAGCAUGAAAUUGUUAAGAAUGUAGUGAUACAAAGACAUAGUAUAUGGGAACAGCAAACAUAUACGUAUCUGUAAAUGCUGUUAUGUUUUGAUGUUUUGAUGUGUAAUAUUAAAGUUGGCCUCUUUAGUAUGACGAGUAGGUGUAUGAUGACAAGAUCAUUGUGGUACAGUAGUGGAUCACUUGUGGGACAUAAUGUUCUUCAGUGAUGGUGAUGGUGAUGGAGUUAGCAUUAUGUCCAGUACUUUAUUGUGCCGGCAGCAGUUCCUUGAGUUGCUUGGUGGGUCUUUUGGUUUGAACACAAGUCAUUGCGUGACAAGGACAAAGUGAUCCACUAACGGUGGUAGAUGAUGCGUGGUGGCAGGAGUCAGUCAGUCAGCUGGCUGUGCUCUGUGUGGUGAUGCACUGGUGAUGUGUAUCAGUACCAUCAUGGUAACUUGAAUGAAUGUAUAUCAAGGAGUGCCCUGUUAAUUUAAAUAAGAUCUUCAGCUUAACAAUGGUGUCUGAAAACUAUUUUGAGUUAAUGUUUGGUGUCUUUUGAAUUAACAUUUCAUCAUUUUUCAGCAAAAAUUGUUUAGAUAUAAUAUGAUCAUAGUUUAUUGGUGAACAUUGAGUAUGUAAUAAAGGUUUACUACAGAGUGAUUGUGAUUAAAGCAGACUGAUAGCAGAUAAUCUGCAGUACAUGAAAGUAUGUUUAGUGAGACAAAGCAAAUGAAUUAUACAGCAUUACACAUAGACAGUAACAGUAUUUACCUAUUUCUCGUAUUGAGCAUUAUAACACAGUGGUAGGCACUGUUUGGUGUAUCUCAGAGGCCUGUUUGCAUAUGCUGUCUAUAUGUGUAUAUUUAAUCAGUGUUUAUGACAUUCUGUUUUUUGGAGGAUGAUCAGGGAAUGGUUCCAUCAUCUCAAUUAACAAGCGUGGCACAACACUCGGAGAUUUUAUGUUUGACCUCACAGGUUUCUGGAGGUUGUUCCAGUGUAUGUCUGCUGUCUGAAUCUUAAAAAUAGAAAGCAUUAAGAAAAUAAUGCAUACAAUUAACAAGGACAUAAUAUACCGUAUAUAUAUAUAUAUAUAUAUAUAUAUAUAUAUAUAUAUAUAUAUAUAUAUAUAUAUAUAUAUAUAUAUAUAUAUAUAUAUCCUUUGAUAUGACAUGAUUGAAGGAAUAAGACUUAAUAUGAAGGACAGAAUGUGUGAAAUUUGAGAAUUGCAAGAAAAAUGGAUAAAUAAAAUAGAGUUUAAGAAAAAUAAAUAAAAUAAAUAAGUAAUAAGCAGAGUAAAAAAAGUAAUAAAAAAAACUAGGAAGUAAUUGAAAUCAAACCAUCAGCACCGCAUUUCUCUCGACAAGAGAUGGCAAUGUGAAUGAAGGUUUUGAAGAGUCUCGAUGAUCACCUGUAACAUCAACAACAAAAUAUGAAAUACACCCAGGUGAUACAGUAAUGAGUGUACACUGACCUGCUGCUGUUGCUGCCAGUGUAUGGAGUGCGUACGUAUGUGUGUGUAAAGUGAGCCCUGUCUUACCCAAAGAUUGCAUGGCGAGUGGCAAGUGACGAGUGAGAUGCUGAGUGUGUCUUUGGUGAUGAUAAUUUGAUGACUAUUAUACUACUACAUGUUCACUAUGUUUGUUUGUUUGUUGUUAUUAGUGUUUACAUGUUUUAUUUGUUCUGAUGAUAAUACUACAUACUACCUGUCAUCAUUUUAUGUAGAAUAUAACCUUAGAGAGUGAA